AUGGAGGCAUUCUUAGGAACUUGGAAAAUUGAAAAGAGUGAGGGCUUUGACGCAAUUAUGGAACGUUUGGGUGUGAAUUUGUUGAAACGAAAGGCAGGCAACGCAAUGAAGCCUAAAUGGAUUGUCACCGACCUUGGGGAUGGUCGAUAUCAGAUGAAGUCUGAGAGCGUUGUCAAGACCACCGAGUUCACCUUUCGAGUAGGCGAAGAAUUCCAAGAAACGACACCCGACGGCCGUGAAGUGAAGUCUCUCAUCACCUUCGACGGUCCCACCAUGAGACAAGUUCAAAUUGGUGAUGGAAAAACCACACAAAUCGAUAGGUCAAUUAGUGGAGAUAAGCUAACAACUGUUGUCAAAGUCGAUGAAUUAGUGAGUACACGUGUGUACAUAAAGCAAUCUUGA